GUUGUAGCAAGCGCGGCAAACAUCAUCUCCUCAAACUCCUCGAUUCUGGGUUCAGUGGGUAGCUCCACCAUGGUAGUUGCCGGCAGAAACAGCAUGAUGACUGCCACCAGUAGCAGCAUGACUGGAACCACCCAGCUCGUAGCGAUUCAGAGCACAUCUGAUAACACUCAGCCCCAUCUGGUGGCGAUACCUCAGAGAUCCGCCCUGACUGCUGAAGCUCUGCAGCAAAUGUCGGGUCUUCUGGGCACGGACAGAGCUGAACUGGGCUAUCAGACGAUAACCAUCCUGCCGACAGAACUGAACCAGAAUGGCGAUAUGAACUAUGUCCUGAUCAUGGCACCACAAGAGGUCCAGAAAGGAGACUCACAGCCUCUAGCUCAAGUCGUGGAGGGCCUUAAACAAGAAACUCAGGAACUGUCUGAAGAAUUGGUGGAAAUAAAUGGGGAAGUUAAGCGGGUCUUGCGGGUCAUCCCCAAGAAAUAUAUCGCUGCAAACUUUGGUGCCCAGUUGAUGUGUGAUUACUGUGACUACACCAGCCCGAAACGUUACCUGCUGACUCGUCACAUGAAGUCUCAUUCGGACGAGAGACCUCACAAAUGUAAGGAGUGCGACCGAGGUUUCAAGACCCCAGCUUCGCUGUUGAAUCAUAGCAACACCCACACAGGAACCCGGCCACAUAAAUGCAAGACAUGUGAGGCAGCAUUUACCACAUCUGGUGAGCUGGUUCGACACAUCCGGUACAGGCAUACUUUUGAGAAGCCUCAUCGAUGCCCCGACUGUGAUUAUGCUAGUGUGGAGCUCUCCAAACUCAAGAGGCACAUGAGAUCUCACACCGGUGAAAGACCAUAUAAGACUGACCUCAAGAUACACUUCAACAAACUGCACUCCAUGGGAUCUCCUUUGGAAUGUAAAAAAUGCAGUCAGACUUUCUCCGACAGAUAUUCAUACAAGCAGCAUGUGCGAGGACAUGACGUUGAUAAAAAUUUCAAGUGUGACCAGUGUGAUUUUGUAGCCAACACCGAGCGCAUGUUUGACCUCCAUGCCGCAGUGCACUCUGAUGGCAAGAAAUUUGACUGUGAUGUCUGCCAUAGUUCAUUUAACCUCCAGCAGACGUUAGACAAGCAUAAACAUUCCUGCCAGCUUGGGGGAGAGUCGGGGAUGGAGUCCCAGUCGCCUUCCUCGCGCGAUAAAGAGCCAACCAAGGAGGAUGGUGUGUUCUCACUUAGCAGCUGUAACAGUACCCCAGUCUCGUCCAGUCAGUUGGUGUCGGCACCGCUGGCCUCGGACACCCUGCACAAGAACCUGCUUCAGGACAUUAAGUCCGGCAAACUUGGGGAUGUACCUCAAGUGGUCAUUGUCCAUCCUGAUGGUUCUUUAGAGGAGAUCUCGUCCAAGGGAGACAGAAUGAACUUGGAAGACAUUUUCUCUGCCCUGGCCCACAGCGGCAAGGCUGAAAGUACUCACGCUUCAAGGGAGGGAACCCAAGCUAAGGGAAGUAAUGACAGGGCAGGAAACUCAGCCGCAGGCACUAAAAAGCAAAAGGAGCCAAAACCUGAUCUGUCUGAAGGAGAGGAUGAUGGCGAUGAUGAUGGUGAAGAGGAGGAAGAGGAGAACGAGGGACCAGAGACAGUUGAAGCAUCGCAGUGUGAGGCCAGCACGCAGGUAGAGCUGGAGUCUGACAGUGGCUCUGUGGAUGAUGAUGAUAGCCAGAGUGUCUGCUCUCCAACACACUUCCCUCAGGUUGAGAGCCAGCAUAUUGCCAGUACCAUGAGAUCUGAAUCAACAGAAGACAACUCUGCCAGCUCUAACAUAGAAACCAGUUCUCUACACAGCCAUGAGGCCUCCUCAGAUGCCAUGAGCUCCAUCUUGCAGAAUGUAUCCAGCUCCACCUCUUCUCUAUUUUCAACAGCACUGCCAUCGGUACUACACAUGCCAACAGAUCAGGCUGUGGCUGGGAGUCAACAAUUUGUUGUGGUAAAAGGAUACACUUGUUUAAACAAUGAUGGGACCCAGCCGACUCUGGUCAACGUGGCCGUGGAUAAGGACUCUUUGAUGAAGAUGCUGGCUUCUCUGGCAAACUCUGGGGACAGUGCUAUGCAUUUGCUGACCGGCGAUCUGGAAUCUUCCGUCGCCAUUUCUGUUGAUAACUCACAAACUGCAAUUCUGCCUUUGGCCCAACUGCAGCUGAACAAUUUUGAUUGUGGCUUGUCCAGUUCGCUGAUUCUUGGGGCAAAUUUUGAGGGUGAAGAUUUGAACCCCACACAUGAUCAAGAUCUUUUGAAAAGGGAAUUAAUCUCCACAGAUUGUGACAAUGCAAAUAAAAACAAAGAAUGUUCAGCUUCUAGCGAGAACAUCAAUUUAUUGGAUGAGAAUUCUAAAGAUAAUAAACCUCUUUCUGACUCGAGUUCAAAAGCGGGUACAAGUUUGUUGGAUUCGCAUGUUGAAACUGACAUAAAUUUGUUGGAAUCAAAUUCCAAGAGGGAUACCAGUUUAUUUAAUUUAGACUGUAAGCUGGAUUUGGGUUUAUCUGCUUGUGCAGGCUCAAACAACAACAAUAUCAGUAAUCUUGCUAGCACUACUGCUUCCACAGAUGCAACGGCUUGUGUUUUUCCGGCUGACACUGAAUCAAAAAACUGUCACCCGAAAAUAUGUGCACCUGCUUGUACAUCCUCAUCAUUAACUUUAAUAAAAUCCAACUUAUCACAGGGGCACUUUGUGGAUGGGUCCAACAAAAAGAGGACAGCAACCACAGACGUCAACCAGUCUCUGGUGAUGACCGGCAAACGAGUCCGCAAGACUCUGGUCAAGGUCAGCAUGUGA